AUGGAUACCACGAUGGAAGACGAUCUCGUCGGAGAGCGUCCUCGCAUUCGCAACUCCCAAGCUUGCUUAGAAUGCCGGAAAGCCAAGAUCAAGUGCAACGGCAAACGCAAGGACGCACAAAACUGCACUCGCUGCGAGGCUAAGGGCAUCGAAUGCAACUGGACUGCUUCUCGUCGAGGCAAGAAGCCCGGAACUAAGAACCUUGCGACACGCGCGCGAGAGCAGACCGAAGCCAUGCAUCGACAGCACGACAGUCCACUCCAAUCACGCAGUUCUAUGAGCCAGCUCGAUCGCAGUCCUCCCGUCCCGCACCACACCAGCUCUACCUCUGCUUAUCGGCGCAGCGUAGCAUGGGAUCAUCCCGGCCCUUCAGGCAUGAGCAAUUCGUAUUCGCAACCAUUGACGGUGGAUCCUUAUCACCCUCACCACCGCCACGGAUCCGACGCAAGCACCAGCAAUCACCAAUCGCCUCAAAGCGCUGGAGCCUCAUCCGCCUCAGGCUCGCACCAGUCUUCUUCGGUCCCCACUGCUAUCUCUUCCGGCGGCCCACACAGCAGUCAUGCGAGCAUCGCCAGCACCGGUAGCGGUCGACGCACCUCCAAGUACCAUGAUGGUCUCUUGAUCCGCGAAUCGCGCAUGCCUCCUUCUUCCACCAACCCGCUUCUCUGCCUCUCGGAAGCUGCGCUCGGAAAGCGAUGCACAGACUCGGACAGCGAGGAAGACGAGCUCGCUGUAGAGAACGGACACGUCGACGAUGCCGCCUACAGUCCUGCGCCACCUAUCGAUGCGAAGAAGCGCAGCUCUUCGCAGAUCCAUCCUGACGAUCCGCCUCACGACGAGGACGAUGCGCAGUCCCGCUCCGCUCGCGACAUUUCUGCUAUGCUCGAAAACAACGGCUGGACCCGAUCUUGUCUCGGGCACGCCGCCUGCGAACGUGCCUCCUACUUUUCUGGCGCGUCCGCCUCUGCAAACUGGGACACGCGCCGAUGUGACCCGCUGGAUCAAGGCAUUGUCACCAUGGACGAUGUGCACCGCCUCUUCAAGAUCUUCAUGGAUGUCAUCCAUGAGCAAUUCUGCAUCCUGGACCCCAUCAUCCACAAUGUCGAGACCAUCAAGGAGUCGUCCAACUUUCUCUUCUCGGUCGUUCUCGCCAUCGCCGCCUCGGUCGAUCGCAAUCCGCGCUCCGUUCAGCAAUUCGAACGACUUCGCACUCUUGUCGAUUCGCUCGUCGUCGAGGUACUGAGUCGCAACGUCAAGAGUGUCGAAGUCGUCAAAGGCCUCAUCGUCUGGCCAAUGUGGGCGCAUCUCACCCCGCUCAUGGCCGAAGACCGAGCGUGGCUGUUGAUUGGAACCGCCGCACGUAUGGCCAAGGAGCUUGACCUUGCCAUGCGCGAGGAUACGCCGCAGGAAGAUGAAAAGGCCCGGCGUCACGCUCGAGACCGCUCGAGGACGUGGGCUCUGACAGCCAUCAUGGAGAGGAGCUUUAGUUCCUUCUCCGGCCAACGACCCAACACCACCCUGGAUGUCGACUGGGGCACACUCAACGACUGGCUCAAGUCGCCCAUCUCCCUCGACGGCGACAUCCAGGUGGUAGCCUUUCUCCAUUUGCGCCGCAUCGAAGAGAUCAUGCGAACGCGCAUCUUCAGCCAGAGCUACUAUGAAGUCGGUUCGAUCGAGAGCAUUCGUGUCUCUGCCAAUGUCCUGCUCGGCGCUUGGUCCGAAGCCUGGUGCGAGCAUCCUGCGUUGGACAGGCAUCCUCUGACUUCCACCACGAUGCGCAUCAUUGGUCUGCAUAUCCAGGUUCUGAUCAACACACACGCCAUUCGAGAGUCUGACCGAAGGAGGGCCAUUUGCGAGGCAUCCAACAUGCGCAUCCUCCGCGUCUGCGGCAAUUCGGUCAAAGCUGCGCGAGAGAACUGCGUGGUGCUGCUGACAGAUGCCUGUCGACUAGCGCUGGACAGCCUGCAUGGCAACGCGAACAUCAUCAGCCGCAUCGUGGCAGCCAUGCUCGGCUGGUCCGGUGUGCAUCUGCUCAAGAAUGGUCCGAUCGAGACACGCGGCUUGGUGGUGCAGCUUGGCCUCAUGCUCGCCGGUGAUCCGCACGACAAGACGCAUUCGAGAUCGUUUGCUCGCUUCUACGGCCGCUUCAUUCUCUCGCUCAGUGCUGAGCUGGUCGAGAGGGACCGAGCGGAAAAGUCACGAAGAAAGCGACAGCGUCUUCGAGGGUCUUCGCACAUGUCGGCUGGAUCUAGCGCUCUCGGUGCGCCCAGUCCGCGCGCAACGGGCGACCCGCUCGACAUGCGACGCAGUGUGACGGCGGGCGGCGGUGCUGCUCCCGGCUACGACCUCAGCAAGGCAACGGCGGCGCCGCGACCUUCGACGCCAGGCACGUCGAUGGCGGGAACAGCAAUGAGUGACAUGGCUUUUGCCUUCGAGUCGGCUGCGCAGAACGGAUUGCAGACUCCAGGUCUCUCGGGUCGCCCGCCUUUUGUCGGGGCCGCAUCGGGUACGGGAAUGAACAUGCCGGGCUCGUCCGCAGGCGGUGCCAGCUAUCCAUACCCCUACGCUACCACACCGGGCAUCCCCGCAUCGGGUCCAGGAGGUAGCAGCAUGACCGGCAUUCUCAACGCAGCCCCGUCUCCACUCUCCUCCGCCUAUCGUGGAGGCCACAUGUCGACGCCCAUGGGCUCCGGUAACGGGCCCUCGUUGGACCCGGUGACCAGCACCUGGCUCGGCACGGACGAUCUGCUGGACUCGUACAUGCAAAGCAUCCUGCCCAUCUUCAACGACUUUGACCACGCGACCAACAACAGCAUGGCCAAUGGCAUUGGUGGCGGUGGUGGUGUAGGCGUGCCUCUGUCUGAGGUUGGGCGCUGA